CUUGACACUUCGGUCCUUUCCAGCUCUAAAAUUGACUCAGAGUUUCAUUAGGAUGCGUUUUUCAUUCUGGGAAAUGUGAAACAAGGCUCUGGUGCAAAGUCUACUGUGCCCCAAGAUACCUUUGGGUGAGAGGCCUUUUCAGAAACCUGUCUAGUUAAUUUACGAGAGGGGCGGGUAUAGGCAAUAGAAAUAGUAGUAAUCUGUGGGACCUUGAGCAACUUAUCUCUAUACUCAGUUUCCCCUUCUGCAAAAACAAACAAAACCCCGCAGCCUCCCUCACAAGUUGCUAUUAGAAUUGAAUGAGAUACAGACGUGAAUUUAAAUUGAUCCUGAUACAUAGAAACUGCAGUCAGAACUGAUACUUAUAUCCGGAAAGGCAAGCCCUGAAAGGGUAGCAAAUUUGCCAAAAGUGAGUUAACAAACUUGCACUUAACAUGCAUAGGAAUCACCUGGAGUGCUUCUUUUAAAAUACUUAUUCUUUGGUUCCACUUGCAGAGGAUUUUAUUCCAGAGGUCUAGGACGGGGCCAGAUAACUUGCAUUUCUAGCAAGGUUUUUAGGGCAGGUGAUCUAGGGACUGACUGUUUUGCCACCUUCCAGUGGGUACUGGGUAUGAGACAUGCAUGUGUGUGUGUUUGUCUGUGUGUCCGUGGUUUACCCUAUUGGCUGUGGGAGCAGUCACCUCCCCAGAUUGUUUGCUUUUGCAGCCAGUAACUGGUUUGAAAUUCAAGAAGUCAUUUCAUUGGUGAAGGAGGGUGGAUGCUGGAGAAAGGGAGUGGAUUGUGGCCUCAUCAAUAGGACCAAGUAUGUUUUUCCUGCUAGGGCCUGGCACUGUCCCCAGUUGCCUGCUGCCAGGUUACAGCUAUUGGGCAAUCAUGUACUUCCUGGCUUUCCUUUUCUCUUUCUCUUUCUAUAAAGUGUGAGGGCCCGGUGAGGCUCCAGGCUUGAGACUACUGGGCUCAGGCUUUGUCAGGCGCUCAGCUGGAAAAAAUAGCUGCUCGUAGCAUGUGCCUCUUGUUGAAAGACAGGCUGGGCUGGGGGACUGGGGUGGCCCAGAAACUGGGAAACUGAGAUUGAAGUUGAGAUCCCAUCAGACUCUUGACCUGGGUCACUGUAUGUGCACCUGUGUGUGUGUGUGUGUGUGUGUGUGAGAGAGAGAGAGAGAGAGAGAGAGAGAGAGAGAGAGAGAUUGAUGUCAUUGAUUCUGGAAUGAGAUAAACCAGCUUUCAGUUUUCAAACCUCAUUGGCUGAAGCAGGGAUUCCAGCCCUUAUGACAUCAGAACAGAGAGAAUUCAGAAGGUACUCCCUGGCCUCCCGCAGGGGCCCAAGGUGGCCAUCAAGUCAAUCCGGAAAGACAGAAUCAAAGAUGAGCAAGACUUGAUGCACAUUCGGCGAGAGAUUGAGAUCAUGUCAUCACUCAACCACCCCCACAUCAUUGCCAUCCACGAAGUGUUUGAGAACAGCAGCAAGAUCGUGAUCGUCAUGGAGUACGCCAGCCGGGGCGACCUGUACGACUACAUCAGUGAGCGGCAGCGGCUCAGCGAGCAGGACGCCCGCCAUUUCUUCCGGCAGAUCGUCUCGGCCGUGCACUAUUGCCACCAGAAUGGGGUUGUCCACCGUGAUCUCAAGCUGGAGAAUAUCCUCUUAGAUGCCAAUGGAAAUAUUAAGAUUGCAGACUUUGGGCUCUCCAACCUCUACCGCCAGGGCGAGUUCCUGCAGACGUUCUGUGGGAGCCCCCUGUACGCCUCACCUGAGAUCGUCAACGGGAAACCCUACACGGGCCCAGAGGUGGACAGCUGGUCCUUGGGUGUCCUUCUGUACAUCCUGGUCCAUGGCACCAUGCCCUUUGAUGGGCAGGACCAUAAGACACUGGUGAAACAGAUCAGCAACGGGUCCUACAGGGAGCCGCUUAAACCCUCUGACGCCUGUGGCCUGAUCCGGUGGUUGUUGAUGGUGAACCCCACCCGCCGAGCCACCCUGGAGGAUGUGGCCAGUCACUGGUGGGUCAACUGGGGCUACGCCACCCGCGUGGGGGAGCAGGAGGCUCUGCACGAGGGCGGGCACCCUGGCAGCGACUCUGGCCGGGCCUCCAUGGCUGACUGGCUGCGGCGGUCCUCUCGCCCGCUCCUGGAGAAUGGGGCCAAGGUCUGCAGUUUCUUCAAGCAGCACGCGCCUGGAGGCGGGAGCGUCGCCCCAGGCCUGGAGCGCCAGCAUUCGCUCAAGAAGUCCCGCAAAGAGAACGACGUGGCCCAGUCUCGCCAGGGGGACCUGGCUGACGAUCCCUCUCUCCGCCCCGGCAGGGGCAACCUCAAGCUGCCGAAGGGCAUUCUCAAGAAGAAGGCACCAACCUUGUCAGAAGGGGCAAGGGCAGACCCCGAGCCCAGCCUGGGCCCUGCGAGCCCAGGGCAGGCUGCCCCCCUGCUCCCCAAGAAGGGCAUCCUCAAGAAGUCUCGGCAGCGGGAAUCUGGCUACUACUCCUCUCCGGAACCCAGUGAAUCUGGGGAGCUCCUGGACGCCGGCGAUGUGUUUGUGAGUGGGGACUCUGAGGAGCAGAAGCCCCCCCAGGCCUCAGGGCUGCCCCUCCAUCGCAAAGGCAUCCUCAAACACAACGGCAAGUUCUCCCGCACAGCCCUGGAGCUCCCAACCCCCUCCACCUUCGGCUCCUUGGAUGAACUGGCCUCCCCUCACCCUCUGGCCCGGGCCAGCCGCCCCUCCGGGGCUAUGAGUGAGGACAGCAUCCUGUCCUCUGAGUCAUUUGACCAGCUGGACUUGCCUGAACGGCUCCCCGAGCCCCUGCUGCGGGGCUGUGUGUCUGUGGACAACCUCAUGGGGCUUGAGGAGCCCCCCGCAGAGGGCCCUGGAAGCAGAGGCCUGAGGCGCUGGUGGCAGGACCCCCUGGGGGAUAGCUGCUUUUCCCUGACCGACUGCCAGGAGGUUUUCUCCUCUUUCCCGUCCUCCAAACCGGGCCCAAGCCUCCUGGAGUCGCUGCUAGGGAUCUAAAAGACUCAAAAAGGCUCAGGCUGCUGCUAUCGGACUUCAUCUCAAGGGGCCCAGAUUCCCCUGGACCCCACCUUGGACCUCGAAGACUCUGAACCUCUCUGGCCUCCAAGCUGCUCCUGCUGCUGAGAAUGGAGUGUCUAUUGCUCUGGGCUUUCCGGACCCUGGGAUGCCCUUAUUUAUUUUUAUGUGUUCAGCCCUGUGUUUUUAAAAAAGUGAAUCUAGCUCUUUUCAAUAAUGUGAAUACUAUGUUCUGGGGAAGUCCACUGUGAUGCCUAAGUUUUGUGAACAGGGAGAUAUUUUUGCAGUGAUUCCCUACUGAUCAUGGGGGGAGGGGAUCAAUCACAUGUCCCACUGCACUGUCCGGGAGGGGGUCUCUGGCUCCCUCCCACCAUGCCCUGAUUCUGUCUACCUGAUGGUCCCUCUUCCCUUCCACUGUGGCUAGAAAGAACCCCUGCAUUAAAACCAGAACCGUGGUUGGAA